GACGCUCGUAACGCUCUCACACGGCAUCGGUCCAUCGAUCGGCGCUCUUGUUCCUCUCCGGUCUUCCUGUGCGCCGCGCGAAAUCGGGAUCUUCCGACAUUUCGUCGGGAUUUUAGUUGGUGAUCGUCGACGGGGUCGAUGCGACUAGCCACCCGGCUGACGCUUCAACAAUAACAGCAGGAAAAAACGGGAAUAAGUGAAUGAUUGUCGGGGUGGAGUGAUCCAUGGCGAUGUGUAGGAUGGUCUACGAUAAAACCAAAACAAAAGCUUGAUACUUAAUGGUUCAUCCAAGCGAUUUAGGAAAAGUACAAGAAGCGCCACUACUAGGUACAACAUGAACAUCCGCCCCAAAGACAAGGUGACUGCGGUAUUUAGAAGACUGUUCAAAUCCUCGAAUAACAAAGAUGAGGGGCACAACAAGCCCAGCGGAUCUGCUCAAGGCUCACCGGCCAGGAGACUGUUAAGAGGGUACAAAGACACCGUUUCUCCUGCCACUUCUAGUCAGACCCCCUCGCCAGGGUUCAGCGCCAAAAGUAACAAAGAUGAGACUGCCCCCCAACACAAAACGGUACGCGCAAGAAGACUGAUGAAAGAACUUCGCGAUCUACAAAGAUUGCAGAAUUCCAAACAAGACCCAAUAUUCAGCGUCGAACUAGUCGACGACAAUUUAUUCGAAUGGUACGUUAAGUUGUACACAGUGGACGGAGACAGCGACCUCAUGCAGGACAUGGUGGAACUGGGUAUCCGCUACAUUCUGUUGCAUCUGGUUUUUCCAGAAAACUUUCCCUUUGCGCCGCCAUUUAUGAGGCUCAUAUCGCCGCGAAUUGAAAAAGGAUUCGUAAUGGAAGGUGGAGCUAUCUGUAUGGAGCUACUAACCCCAAGAGGAUGGGCUUCGGCUUACACCGUUGAAGCUGUCAUCAUGCAGUUCGCAGCCAGUGUGGUUAAAGGCCAAGGUAGGAUACAACGAAAGAGCAAAGGUCAAAAAGUUUUCAACCGACGAACGGCAGAAGAGAGUUUCAGGUCGCUGGUACGAACUCACGAUAAGUACGGCUGGGUAACACCCAGUUUAGCUGACGGUUAGAGUGGAUACUUUUGUUGGAAUCCACACAUUUUAUUUACUUACUUUAAGCAUAUGUUACAGAUUGAAUAAUGUAUCUAAAUCAUAACUAAAUUAUCCUGUUGGAUCCAGGCUAGUUAAUAUAAUUUAGUGCUGUAUACCUGUCCCAAAUUAUAAACUAUUUGAUGUUUUAGUCAGAUAUAAUAUAGUUUAUUUAUAAAUAUAUUGGGCCUAUGUACAAAAUGAAUAAGAUGCUCAGUUUUAAGUAGCUAUUGAUAGUUCUGAACAGACAGGAUUUUUAAAACAACAUCUUAAGCAAAUUCAUUAUUAAUAUCAUCUGAUAUAAUUCGGUUUACAUAAAAGUAAACAUUACAAAAUUCAAGUUAUAGAAUUUCAUAAAAAUUCGCCCUCAUCCAUACUAUACCAUCUGGAAUCUUAGCUAACAGUGUUGAUAAACAUGGUUAGCUAAGUCUGUGGUUAAAGGUCAUCAUAACCAACAAAAGAAUAUGUGACAGUGACAGUUGUCUGCCAUCUUAAAAAUAAUGUUUUAUCUGUUUUGUCUUCUUUGGCUCUGGUCCCUUUUCAGCGGUCCUAUUUGCCUGUUUUAUCUGUCGUUUCUGGAAUGUCGUCUGUCACAAUCAUAUAUUCUCUCAUUGGACAGACUAGGUCAAAGUUUACAGAUUAAAUUCUGUAAGUUUACAUAAUUAAAUCCUGUAAGUUUAGAUAAUUAAAUUCUGUAAGUUUACAUAAUUAUUCUGUAAGUUUACCUAAUUAAAUUCUGUAAGUUUACAUAAUUAAAUUCU